GAGAGAGAGAGAGAGAGAGAGAGAGAGAGAUUUAAUACUUUCUAUCCCACAUAAAAACAAGUAGGACAUAGCUCUACCUAAAAUCACAUUACUGCUGAUUAGAAAAGAGGGAGGAGAGCAAACAAGAGAUAGACAACAAUUCAGAACGGGAAAAGAGAAAACAGGAGAGAGGCGUAAAACAUUGGACAGAAGGGAAACAGAAAAACAUCUGAAAAUCUGAUUUUGACUGAAAAAAGUCCGGCAGCAGGUGUAAGAGAACCAGCGGAAGAAUAUAGUCACCAUCUAAAAGUGCCUCUGAGCCGACAUGCCCAUUCCCAUGGCAACAAGGACAGUAACGAUGCUGGCUGUCAUCUUGAAGUUUUUGGCUUCGUCUCAUGCAGUGAGCAAUGAGAUGGAAGAUUACGGCACCUGGAACUACAGAGAAGGAGCGGAGCACGUGAACGUGGCUAAUGUUCGGAGUGUGACGCGCGUGCUGGACACUUGGGGCAAGCGCAUCUUUAACGAGAUCAAGACGCUGCUGCACUCCCAACCCAAUACUCUCCUGCCUGACUACUCAAGAGUACGUCCUCUCUCAGAAUCCCUGAACGAUCUCUUCAGAGAAGUCUCCCACUUACAAAGGCGCAUCACAGACCUCAACAAUCGCCUAGCAACCUUGGAGCCUGUUCUUCGUCGCCAUGGCUACUACGAGGAAGACAAAGAGGCCACCAAAGGAGCCCCCCAGAGCCUAAAAGGUGUAGGCACGAGCCUGGCAAAAUACCCACGCAGGUACAGGGUCCGAGUGGCCCGGCCUGUGAACAGGGGAAGCCAAACCAGGAGAGUAAGGCUGUACAAGGAUGAAAACGGGAAUGUAAGAGUAAAGGAGAUAGAAAGAUAGAUAGAAAGGAGAGACAAAGAAAGAUAUACAAAGAUAUUAAUAUUUUUUAAAAGAUAUUAAUAAUAUCUAAAUAUAAGUAUAAAAUAAAUCAGUAGAUUGUCCGUGUUGAAUUGUCAGUCUUUUAUUAAUCUCCUAUAGUCAGUCACGUACAACAUAUAAAUGAUACAAGAACAUGUUCUCUCAGCUGGUUGCAUGAGUGUAAGCUCAGAUCUCAAAGGCCCAAUCAGAGUUGUCUGGCAGAGGAAACUUUAAGCUGCUUUCACUGGACUGUAACUAACACCUCCAGCAAGGAAAACUUCGCCCAUCCUGUUAACAGUCCUCUGGUGAUUGAACUUUUUGACCAAGUUAAAGAUUAUUCUUAAAAACCUUUGUUUGUUUGUAUAUUGGUAAGUUUGUUUGGACUUUUAGGAUGAGGACACGGGCUAACACACAAGUGCCCGAGCUUUAGCUGAAUAAACUUUUUCUCAAUAAACAUAUGUUGAAAUUCU